AGCGACACUACCGGUUCCGGUUGGCGAGAGGGGAAAAUCAACCGCUAAAUACGUACACGUUGUAAUAUAAAUCUAGUUUGUUGCUCGUUUUCUGAAAGCGGCAGCAAUUUGUUGUCGUCUGAGAGCUUUAUCGUGUGCCUGACCUCCGCGUCCCCCGUUACAAUGAAGAAAAAGAGCUCGGAAAAAAGACGCCAUGUGGUAGCGUGGGUCAACAAAGCUGAAUGGGACCAGGUCCUGGAGUAUCUUUACUCCAGGGAGUUCGCUCUGCAGAGGUAUGCAUUGCAGAGGAUAUCCGCGUGGAAAGGCAGGUAUGCCAACAGCAGUCCCGUGGCCGUGGACUGCACAUCCGACCUGGUCAGGUGCCAGGUGUUGGACCGAUCGGGGCAGCUUAACGGAGACGAUCUGGUCCUGCUUUACGGGGCGGCCCUGGUCCGGUUUGUCAAUCUGAUCACGGAGCGACAACAGGGGAAAGUGGCCCGACCACUGAGGCGGCUGGCUGGGAACUUGAACAUCCCCGAGUGGCUCGUGGACCUGAGGCACGACUUCACACACAGGAAGCUCCCUACGUUGAAAUGCUGCAGGAGGGGAUGCAAGGUGGCUCUGGAGUGGCUUCAGCGGGAGUACUGGUCCAAGCAACUGGGAGGGAGCCCCGAUGAGGACUGGGAAUUGCAAUCGGACGGAGAGGAUGAAGAGACUAGCUUGAAACGGCAAGAGGAUGAGCUCCUGGCAAGGCAAAAAGAAAUGGAAGCCUACAACAGCGCCCGUGAACUUUUGAUAUCCUAUGAGAAGGAGCAGUUCCACACUUUUGAUGCGACUGGAAGCAAUGACACGAGUUCGUGGCCCUCCCCCUUUGCAGACAUGAGCUGGUUACUGGCUGAGGUCAAGCAGUUUGCGUUGGAGUCCAGCGAUUUGCUCAUCGACGUGAUGCUGGAAGAUGGAUUCCUGGUACCUACGGCCGAGCAGCUGGACACGUUGCACUGUGACACCUCGGACGCUGACAGUCUCGCUGAACCCAGACUCCCUCAAGCCUUCCUGCGGUUUUGGCUGCCCCUGCUGAAGAUACUCAACUCACAAGCCUUUAUUCACCUCCUCCUCGAGAAGCUCUUUGCUGAGCUGAAGUUGCUCAGCACAGAGCCAAAUAACCACAGGGUUUUCUACAUUUCCGCCUGGACGUCAGAAGUCAUCCUCUGCAAUCGCAACAAAUUUGACUUCCACUUUGAAACAAAGGUGCAGAAAAAGAACAGAAUGAAGGACAAGAUUUUCGUAAACCGCAUCCAGCUGAGGUGGCAGCAGAUGCUCUCAGCGUGCCUGGAUGCGCCCUGCAUCAGCACGCCUUACUUGCUCCGCUUGAUCUUGGACGACAUGGAGCAUCCCCUCCCCCUGGGGACCCGACAAAGGCUGCUCCAGCUGUGCUCCAUCUACACACAGACCACACAGUUAGAAUUUGACACGGCUUCAGAACACAAAAAACAGCCCAUAUACACACUGGAUAGCUUGCACGAGAAGCUGCAGCGACACCACAGCCACCACUGGCUUUCUGCGGCAGACUCGGAGAGGAGCGACUCUUCUCAGGAGUACAGAUGGGCAGACUUGCAGGCGGAGAAAGCGAAGUUGCUCAGAGGUUCUCCGUGGCAGGUGUGCACCGAUAAAGUCUUAUGGAAGAACUACCCUCUUGGAAAAGUCCCCGGACAGUCGGAUGACCCCUCUUGCCUCAUGGUGGAGAAAUACUCAACGAUGACUGUCUUUGACCAGCCGGUGGAGCUGGAGAGCAACACGCCGGGCAGCGUCCCAGGAGUCCCUGCACCCCCCAGAACAGCUGAGGGUCCUCUUUGGAACCACGGUGACAUAAACAAGCUGAAAGCUGGACUGCAGCUUUUUUAAGUGACAUUGUAAGGAUGUUUCCUCAUGGUGUUGAGCCCCGUGGUGUCCUUACACAGAAACAAAAUGUUCAAAAGAUGUAAACCUCAGUAAAUAAUACAGUUUGCUGUGGAAAGGUUAAACUAAAACAAGGCACUUGUGAAAAAUGUCCACUCUUGUAACCUUUUAGACCAAAACGACACAUUCUGCAUCAAUGAUCCAAAAGAUAUUAUGUUUGGUUUGUGUAAAACAUCCUGUCCUUUCAUUUACACAAGUUGGCGUCAGGAAAUGUUCAGCUUUAUGUUGAAUCAGCUACUGAUUGGUUUAGUUUCCCAGAGCCCCCAAGUGACUUUUAUCCACAGCUUCUGACAUUUUGUAGACACAACAAAGACUCAACUCUCAGUCAUCAAAUAACACAUUGUGUACAUUUGUUGUACAGUUUGGUUUGGUUUUGGAAAGAGUUCUUGUCGUAAUCUGUAACCUGUUUUUUUGUAUAACACAUGUUCUUUAGCACAGUUAUGAUGAAUAAAGUGUUGGACGUAAUA